UGAGUAGAUGGUGACGUUGUUCCACGACGGAAAUAACGCUAGCCCAUAUGGGAGUUAAGACAAACAUUAAGUCCUUUAAAAUGACAUUUUUAUCAGGAAUUCAGUGGUAGAUAAAAACUACGUUUGUUUUCUCUUUAAACUGAAGAUAUAAAAUGUCUCUUCUUCUAGGUCUGCGGGAAAAUAGUAACAUUUAGUGUAACGUUACCAUUUGGGGGCUAGUAGCUAACAGCUAGCUAGCUGUAGCCGAUCUUACUGCUGUUUUCCCAACUGUUAAUUGAUAUGAAUUAUCCCAACUUUUUAUUUACACACACAGGUUAAAAACCAAAUAGGUUGAGUGAGAGUCAUUAUAGUUUAGUGAUUCCUUAUUACCAAAGUUUAAAAUAAUAAUAAUAAUAACAAAUAAAGUUGCCUGAAUUUAGGAAGAAAAAAAGAAUAUUAAAUUGUCAAUGACAUUGGAGUCUGUUUGCCAGUGAUGGAAAGUAAUUAUUAUGCAAAGGACUACAUUUUAGUUCAAUUUGAGGGGCUUGUAUAGCGUGAGUAUUUCCAUUUAAUGCCACCUUACACUUCUACUCCUCUAAGUUACAUGUACAAAACCUAUGAUGUAUAGAUGCACUACUCAAAUAGUGGGCUAGGUCUACGCUGAUAUGACUUAAAGUAAGUAAAAAGGUAGAGUAAACUUUGAAUGCAGGAGUUUUUUAAAGUGGUAUUACUACUUUUACUUGAGUACUUCUUCCCCAAAAGCUGUGUGCACCAGUUGAAAAUCAUAAUUUGCCCAUUUUCAAAUCUACGACUACAUUAGUGCUUAAAGCCAGGUACCUUUAAGGCUGUUGAUGUGUCUGUGACAUGUGGAGGCCCUACCACGUGUUAGUCUUUGCUCUGGUAGCAGCAUCCAGCUUCACAUCUGUACAUGUUCUGGAGUUCUGCCAAAGCACUGACCAUGACUGCCAUAGUGAUAGUCAUGACAAUAAAGCAUCGAACAGCCAGCUGUCCCUACACACUGUCAAAUCCAGGUGGAACAUGAGUGUUUCAAACCUUAUAAAGGACCUGGAGCAGUUCAGAGUGUCCUGCAAGAAGCUAAUAGAAGUAUUCCCGAUCGAUGAGAUUCGUGGCAACUUUGCUCGGUCUGUAAAAAACUGCAUAUUCUCCCAAUCCAUUCCAACCCCACUGAAAGGCCCGUUAAGACUUGCAGCAGCUUCUAAGGACGUCAUCGAGGGCAUUUUAGACUUAGAUGAGGCUGUAACCCAGUCUGAUGAUUUCCUGCAUUAUGCCAGCGGUGGCAGACUGCCAUCAGGAUCUGUACCACUCGCACAUAGAUAUGGAGGCCAUCAGUUUGGUUUCUGGGCAGGUCAGCUGGGCGAUGGUCGAGCACAUUCCCUUGGUCAGUAUACCAACAGGAAAGGAGAAGUGUGGGAACUACAGCUUAAAGGCUCUGGGAAGACGCCUUAUUCAAGGUCAGGAGACGGUCGAGCCGUGAUCCGUUCUUCUGUACGGGAGUUCCUGUGCAGUGAAGCUAUGCAUUUCCUGGGUGUUCCAACCAGCAGGGCUGCCAGUCUAAUUGUAAGUGACGAGCCGGUGAUAAGGGACAAAUUCUACAACGGCAAUGUAAACGUAGAGAGAGGAGCUGUUGUUCUCCGCUUAGCCAAGUCAUGGUUUCGUAUUGGAUCUUUAGAAAUCUUGUCUCAAAGUGGAGAGAUGGAUCUCCUGAGAAAGCUGUUGAACUUUGUGAUUGAUGAACAUUUUUCUUCAAUCAAUUCAGAUGAACCAGAUAAAUAUUUGGCGUUUUAUUCCACAGUUGUAAAUGAAACCGCACAUCUGAUUGCCCAGUGGAUGUCAGUUGGCUUCGCACAUGGUGUGUGCAACACAGACAAUUUCAGCCUCCUGUCCAUCACCAUCGACUACGGGCCAUUUGGCUUCAUGGAGUCGUACAACCCCAGUUUUGUCCCCAACACGUCUGAUGAUGAGGGCAGAUACAGCGUCGGAGCUCAGGCCGACGUCGGACUGUUCAACCUCGAGAAGCUCUCCCUGGCUCUCGGUCCCGUGCUCUCUAAACAACAGCAGAACGCGGCUAAAAUGAUUUUGAACGGAUAUGCCCGCAUCUACCAGAUGAGGAUUCAUCAGCUAUUUAAAGCCAAACUGGGGCUUCUGGGUGAAGAGGAGGACGAUGGCUACCUCAUUGCCUUCCUGCUUAAGAUGAUGGAGGACACACGAUCAGACUUCACCAUGACCUUCAGGCAGCUCAGUGAAGUUUCAGCCCAACAGCUUCACAACAGGAACUUCACUCAGAUGUGGGCUCUUGAAGACUUGUCGUCCCACAAGCUCUUCUCUGAUUGGCUCAGCAUCUACCUGCUCCGACUCAGCAGACAACUACAUGAUAGGGAUGUGGAUCGUCAACACAGGAUGAAAAAUGUUAAUCCUAGAUAUGUGCUGAGGAACUGGAUGGCAGAGUCUGCUAUAAGAAAAGCUGAGAUGAAUGAUUUUUCUGAGGUGGAGCUGCUGCACCAUAUCCUGUCAUUUCCCUUUGUUACACAAGAGACUGCAGAGGAGGCGGGCUAUGCAGCAAGACCUCCCCAGUGGGCUCAGAGGUUAAAGGUCAGCUGUUCCUCUUGAGAGAUUCUUGGAUAGAGCAAAACACACUA